CUAAGAUGGUGGAUUGUGAAUCUGUAAAAAAAAAUGGGAGCAGCAUGCACAUCAGGAAUCUCUGCUUUCACUUCUCGCUCUGUGUUGGCUCCAGUAAAAAUCCUUAUUCUUGGAAAACAGAACUCAGGAAAGACGUUUAUGCUGUACUCAUGGAAAUAUGGCAUUGACUAUAUUUUAUCAAUUGAGCCAACUAGUCAUUUUAAUGUGGACACAAUAACUUCCCAGAGUGGUAAAAAAUUCCUCAUGUAUGACCUUGCUGGGAACAUAGGAUACAGAAUUAGACCUUUUUUGGGUGGAACAAAUGGAGUCAUUUACAUGCUGGGUGUGUCAGGAGAUGACUUUCUUCUAAGUGGAGAACAAGAAAUGAUUAUGCAGAUUAUACAUGAAAGAGAUCUGGAGAAUAUCCCUGUUCUUUUUGUAAUAAGGAGAGACAAAGAUGCUCAAGAAUCAUCCCCUGAUUUACCAGAGAACCUUCUAGCUUCCUUAGAUGGGAGAGUGUGGGAGCUACUUGAAGUGAGAUCACAUUGCCAAGAAGAUGCCAACCUUGUGCUCAGUGUUCUGGAAAAACUUUUAACUCAAUCUAAGGUGUUUGAAGCAAAUUAAUCUUUGACUUUAAUUAGAAAAUUUAAAAUAUAGGCUUAUUACUUGAAAUAACAUUCAUUUAUUGGUUUUCUUUGUACUAGCAAUACAAUUAAAUGCAGGACAAAAUGCAUUCUCCUGUGAAGGAAAAAUUCUCAUCUUAUUUUAACUAUUUAUUUAGUAGUUAUAGUAGCAGUAU